UUUCCUCCAACGGUGAUGGUCAAGAUUUACAGGGGAGUAGGCGAGCACGUCUACCAGUCAUGAAAACCAUCCAACAUAGAGUCCAGCGUGCAAGUAUAGCCAACAGAAAUUCUAAGUGCCUGUGGUGAGCCCUCCCUCUCACAUUGCCUGACUCCCUGCGCCAAAUGAUUGUGUGAUCGAACACUGGAAAAUGGUCCCGAGCAAGGCAUGCUUGAAUGAGCUGCGUUCCAUCGCCAGCGCUGAUGAGGUUUUGGUGGACCUGAAGUACUCGGGUCUAUGCCACUCUGAUAUUCAUGCAUGGAAAGGAACGCCGUCGACGGUCAAGAGAGAAAAGGUUGUUGAGGGCCACGAGGGUACAGGCAUUGUCGCGGCUGUUGGAAGUGAUGUCGAAGAUAUCAAGCUUGGAGACCAUGUGGACGUGCAGUGGGUGAACAAGACUUGUGGUGUCUGCGAGGCCGACAAGCGAGCCGACUACUUGGCUUGUCCUCGAGCUCAAAUGACAGGCUACUCUGUUGGUGGAACAUUUGGUACAUGUUGCGUUAUCCAGGCGCGUCAUGUUGUUCGCAUACCUAAGGAGUAUCCCCUUGACAUAGUAGCACCUAUCAUCUGCACUGGAACGACUUGCUUCAGAGCUGUGCAUGAGACCGGUGUCAAGGAAGGUGACAUUGACACGCUAGCGGCGUCGGAUCUCUGGCAUGUCAGUAUGCGAGGGCCCAUGGUUGUCGAAUUCUUGCAGUUUCCACCGGAGAGGAGGGACAUUGUUCACGAAGUCCAGAAGCUUACUGGGGGCGGUGCCAAUGCAGCCAUCAUGGUCGAGGGUACCGAAUCACUUCUUGGGAGUGCUGUUCAUUUGUUGCUGCGGAUGGGUCAAAUCAAAUCUUCUCCCUACGGUGGCACGAGAGACCAGAUCGAAGAAGCAAUCAAUAUUUUCGUUAGAGAGAAGUUCUAUCAACCCGCUCGCGUUAUAUCUCUCGACCAAAUGCCACCAAUGCUUGAAUCGACUCACCAGGAAGGGUCCCACGAGCCUUCUACAAGCUUGCUUUACGAAAACAGCUUGCUGGGACAGGCAACAGUAAAGAUUCCCUCUAUCACUGGAGGCCCCGAAACAUCAACUACGCAGGAGUCUAAUCGAAAACCUACAUUUUAUCAAGAGAGUUUUGAUGUUAGCACUUUCCUUUCGUAUCGCUUGGAGGAGCUUGGCAUCUGCGAAUUCCUGGCUGUGCCUGGUGACACUAAUCUUGUCCUUCUUGAUAAUCUUCUCAAGAAUCCCAAUCUUCGCAUGAUUGGGUGCUGUAACGAGUUGAAUGCAGGUUACGCAGCGGAUGGUUACGCCAGAACAUCGCCUGCCAAAAUUGCUGUUCUCGUCGUACCAUAUGUGGUUGGGGCUCUUUCAGCACUGAAUGCUGUGGCAGGGAUGCUAGCCAGCAGGAAAUUCCUGCACCACGCUCCAACCGCAACGAACAGAGAGCAAGCUCUAGAUGCUUACCAAGGUGUCACAGCCGCGUCGAUUCGACUGCAAUCGGCAGAGACAGCCGUGGAAGCUCUGGAUGACGCCAUAAGCAAGUGUCUGCGAUCAUCCCUUCCGAUAUUUUGUGAAAUCCCCGAUGAUAUCGCGGGAGCUGCAUGCUCACCCCCUUCUCCACUCAAGGGGCUCAAGCCAAAAAAAUAG